UACUUCACAGCAGCUCAGUCAGCAAGGCCCUGGGUUGGCCCCUGAUGACCACGUGGGAGCUUCUGCAUAGGGGAGACUUCAUGGGAGGACGAUGCAGACGCCGCUGGCCCUCCCAGUGCCCGUGCUCCGGCUUCCUCGGGGUCCCGACGGCUUCAGCCGGGGCUUUGAUGCCAGUGCCCGCCGGCUACGCGCGCAGCCCGGGGUUCCCGGGGCGGCCGAGCCCCUGGAGUCGCGGGAGCAGCAAGUCCGGGCGAGCCUCCGCGAGCGCUACCUGCGCAGCCUGCUGGCCAUGGUGGGCAGCCAGGUGAGCUUCACGCUGCACGCGGGGGUGCAGGUCACGGCACACUUCGGGGCCACCGACCUGGACGUGGCCAACUUCUACGUGUCCCAGCUGCAGACCCCCAUCGGCGUGCAGGCCGAGGCCCUCCUGCGCUGCAGCGACAUCAUCGCCUACACCUUCAGGCCCUGACCCCGCCGCUGGGCGUGUGGCCCCCUUCUGUCCUCGGGCCUCCAGGGGUCCCUGAGCCCCGGACUCCAGGCAGCACUGAACUCAGAAACCUCCCUGGAAUUUCCAACCGACCUCCAGGUAAAGCUGGCCUUUGGGGACCUUCCGGUGAGACCAUCCCACAACUCUGAGGAGUUUUCAUUCCCCUCAAAGGAACACUGACAUUACAGAACUUUCAGCUACAGACAGGCGCCUGCUGGCUGGUCCAGAAGACGGCCCGACUGAGGGCAGGGGGAGAGGAGGGAGGCAGAAGGAAGGAAGAAACGAAUGCAGAUCGCAGUGGAGCAGUGUUGAUUGAUCCUUGAUUUUAUUAUUUUUUUAAUUUCUUUAUUGGGGAAUGAAUGUUUUACAUUCAACAGUAAAUACAAUAGUUUGUACAUGCAUAACAUUCCCCAGUUUCCCAUAUAACAAUACAACCCCCGCCA